CCCUAUAUGGGGUUAUCCAAAUCUUAAAGCGUAAGUUAGCCAAGACUUAGACUUAACUUAGUUUUCUUAGAAACGUAGAGAUUCUUACUCAGCACGUCAUCGCACUUUUGACAUUUUCUUCUUUGUUUUGAUUUGCGCGUUUUCUUGAAAGUUGUUUGAAAUUUCAUUCCGUUAUUUAAAUUCUUUGAAAACGCUAUUUUGUGUGAAUAAUUUUAAAACUAAAAAAUGACAGAAAAAUUAAGAUUGUGCAAAAUGUUUUUGGAUUUAAUAAAAAUGUACAAAGCAUGUAAAAUGCGCCGACGUCAACAGAGAAUUAGGCGGUGGGGUAUCCAUCCAAUAAACCGGAAUUGGUUAAAGAAGGGGUACCACCGUCAAGUGUUCAAAAGAAUAAAGGACAUGACGGAGGAGCAAUUGUUCCAACACACAAGGAUGACUCGUUCGGUAUACAACUUGUUGCUUACUUUGGUGGCUGAUGCUUUGCGCAAACCAAGACAACGUAUUGGUGUCGAAGAGCGUGUUUCGUUGACCCUUUUGCACUUGGGACAUGCGGCACCAAUCCAAACUCUAGCCUGGAGCUAUAAGCUGGGUAGGACAACAGUGCGUAACAUCAUUCUGGAAACUUGCGACGUGUUUUGGCGAUUGCUUUCACCUAUCUAUGUAGCGGAACCCACCGAAGAGCAGUAUAAAGAUAUUGCCAACGAUUUUCAAACAAUGUGGAACAUGCCAAAUUGUGUAGGUGCAAUUGAUGGGAAACACAUCGCCUUACAAUGCCCUAGGAAGUCCGGUUCGAUGUUCUUCAACUACAAGAAAUUUCAUAGUAUAGUCUUAAUGGCCGCUUGUGACGCGAAAUAUACUUUCACGGCCGUUAGUAUAGGAAGCUAUGGUAGCCAAAGUGAUGCAGGCAAGUUAUAAUAAAAUAAUUGUCGGCAAUCCGAACUUUCAUGUUUGCAUUUAUUUUUUUAUUUCACAGGGACAUUCCAGGUCUCGGAAUUUGGGCAAUCGCUAAUUUCGAAUACUUUGCCAUUACCGCCUGAUAGACCGCUGCGCAGUGGAGCUGAACCCUUUCCUCACUUUUUUGUAGGAGACAAUGCGUUUCCUUUGAGGCGAGAUAUAAUGAGGCCAUAUUCAGGUACCAAUUUAAAUAGAAGCAAACAAAUAUUUAACUACAGGCUUUCGCGGGCACGCCGAGUAGUCGAGAAUAGUUUUGGAAUUUUGAGCGCUCGAUGGCGCAUUAUUCGCCGAACUUUUGUAAUGCUAAAUGACCAAGAA